CGGUGGAAUAGCUGCAAAUAGCGUUUUUUUUUUUUGCAUCUCAAUAGUGGUGGCCGAUGAGCAUUGCUUGCCGCUAUUUUGGAUUGCUUUGCCUCUACAGUGUUGCCUUUUGGUAUUUGAGCACCAUAGUUGGCAGAUAAUCAAAGGGAGAUUUGAAUUUUGCAAUACAGUUUAUCUUACUGUCUAAGGAAUUUGCGAUAUAGGUGGCGUUUUAGCGGACACGCGUAUCGGAAUUCGGGACGUCAAGCCGGGAAGGGUAAAUUCGAGCGAUUACCUGAUACGUUCAACGCGUACGAAUAGUGUAUCGCGACGGGAAGGAGAACUUCGUUCGAUUUACACUGUUCACGUUUUCUGUUUCGCGAGUGUUUCGAGUGGUGAGUGAUGGUUAGUAAGGCGGAUAAGAAGUUGGAAGCGGCGCUCUUGACAGUGAAACGAGUGUUGGCGCUUCGAGAGGUGUUGGAAAAAUUUGUGGCCGAGUACAACCACGACAGGGAUGUCGUUCAAGUAUCUGUUCGGCUGGAAACCUUGGACAAAAUCAACAAGGACUUCCAACGUGCACAAGGAGAAAUCGAGAGACUUGACAGUGAGAGGUUCGAGGAGCAUAUUGAAGUCCGCACUACUUUCGAGGACAAGUACUGUUCGCUCAAGGGCUUUUUACUGUCGAAGGUUAACACCGACCAACAGCUGAUGAAUUCAACGAUGAUCAACAGUUCCACUCACCAAAACGCGGCUAGUUUUCACCAUCGAUUACCGAAAAUUGACCUUCCGAAAUUCUGCGGGGAUGAAUCUCGAUGGAUUUCAUUCCGAGACAGCUUCAUCUCAAUGAUCCACAGCAACGACGACAUACCGACGGUAAACAAGCUCCACUAUCUGUUGCAAUCGUUGGAAGGAGAAGCAAAAAAGCCGUUCGAGAGCGUGGACGUUCAAGCAAACAAUUACGCGUCGACGUGGGAUGCACUGAUGAAGCGGUAUGACAACAAGCGCUACCUUCGAAAAGAGCUCUUUCGAGGCCUAUUUGAUCUGCCGAUCAUGAAGGAGGAGUCAGCACAAGAACUCAAUGUGCUCGUAGAUGAGUUUCAACGGCGUGUGAAAGCUCUCGCAAAAUUAGGGGAACCUGUUGGGCACUGGGAUACUCCUCUCAUCUUUCUUCUCUCCAAUAAAUUGGAUGCGGCUACGCUUCGAUCAUGGGAGCAUGAGACUCGCCAGAAGGAUGAAGUCAAGUACGAAGAACUAGUUGACUUUCUCACGCAGCAGGUGCGCAUGCUAAAAUCUGUGUCAAGCGACUUGCUACAACGCACUCAAUCAGCCAGUUCCAUGGUGGCCGGACCUCCACAGAAGAAAAACUCGUCGGUAAAAUCCGUAGUCAACACUGCCACAACUAAUUCAAUUUCAAGCAUUCCUCAAUGUCUCUUAUGUGCUGAAAUGCAUCUCCUACACCAGUGUCCAACGUUCAUCAAGCUAUCCGUAACCCAACGACGAGAGUUGGUAUCCCAGAGAAGCUUAUGUUGGAAUUGCUUUCGUGUGGGUCAUCAAGCAAGACUCUGCAAAUCAAGGUUCAGUUGCCGGGUGUGCCAAGCUAGACACCAUUCUAUGCUGCAUGAUCAGUCUCCAGCCACGUUGAAUCCUCUAGCCAAUUCGUGGGAUCCUCUCAUACAGCAACCAAAUCUAGUCGCAACAGCGAUUGCGAGUACGUCCGAAUCAGCGAAUCCACCGGAAGUUAGUAUGACUGUUCAAUCCAAUGCCAGCACAGUCCUUUUAGAAACGGUUACUCUUCUCAUCAUCGACCGAGACGGUAAAGAAGUACCAGUUCGAGCACUCCUAGAUUCUGCAUCCAUGUCCAAUUUCAUCAGCAAGAGCUUGGCAAACACACUUGGCAUUCCACACACUACAGUGGAUGUGACUGUAUUGGGACUAGGAAAAACAGUCAAACAAAUAAAAGGACAGUUAACAGCCACUAUCAAGUCAACAUCUAGCGACUUUUCCACCACACUCGACUUUCUCGUAAUGCAAAAGCCCACUGUCAACCUUCCAACAGUCUCCGUCAACACAGAUGCGUGGAACAUGCCAAACGUUCCAUUGGCCGAUCCUCAGUUUAAUAUCCCGGGCGCGAUAGACAUUAUCGUAGGCGGAGAGCACUAUCACAAACUCCACACUGGUCAUCGUUUAUCAAUCAGUGACAACCUGCCUCUGUUCAUCAACACACACUUCGGCUGGACAGUUUCCGGCAAGGUGUCGGCCGACUCCGCUAUCAUGUCACCGGUAUGUUAUCAUACAAUGGUCAAGCAUUACACCGAAUCGCUACACGUCGACCAUAGCUUGCGGAUUCCAGCAACUCAGUGCAUAGUUUCAAACACCACCACUCGAAUUCACAAUGAAAGGUUCGUCGCACUCCUUUCUCGGUCCGAUAAUCCGCAAGUCACCUCCGUAAACCUACGAAAAAUCGCAACGCCUCACUCGAUCAACUUUGCGCAGCCGCUCGACAGCAAUCCUACCACAGCAAAACACCACAAGUACAAGCCCCAAGAGAAUGCCAACGAAGAGACUCCGAAAUACCACUUAGCAGUCAAACAAUGCCACACUGCCAAGAAUGUGCCAACCUGGGUGCAAACAAACCCAUAUGCCACUCCACGCCAGAAUCUGAACACAAGCGGCCAAGCAUCGGAGUUAAACCAAGAAACAAUCCGUCGAAGUAGUUUGCUAUACCACCCUGUGUCCAUCCGAAGAACUACACUGUGUCCUGAAGGCACUGCUCCACGGUUACGCGUUGCUGAAGCUUCUAAGACCGGUAGAGCAGUCCGAAACUGGCUCAAAGGCGUAAUCAGGUGAUUGGCGUUCCUUAAUUUCUAGCCGAGUUUGUUCGAUCUACCGGGUCUUUUGUUGUUCACAGCACAUCCUGCCAUGUACGUUGAUCUCUUCGUCUCCGUCUAUCAGAUCCAGAAGCUACAAAGAUCGGUAGAGCAGUCCGACACUGACUCAACGCGCUUUUUUGAGCGUAAUCAGGUGAUUAGCGUUCCACUGGCGUAGCUGUACCCGUUCGAUCUACCGGAUCUUUCUUUGUUCCAGUUUCCAAUCUUCGAAACCGUCUGUGUCCUGUCCAGUCAGUCAAUCUAUGAAUCGUCCAACUUAUCGUGAGCCAGCCCAGCUGAAGACUUCAAUCGAAGGAUGAUCUGCACUCUUGAUGUUGUUCAAUGUUUGUUCAUCUCACGGCCACGGAUGGCCAGCAAGACUCUAGCAACACUGCAAUUCCAGUAGCUACUAAGACCGGUAGAGUAGUCCGAAACUACUCAACGCGCAAUUUAAGCGCAAUCAGGUGAUUAGCGUUCCAUUUGCUUAACAUUUCGUCGUUCGUUCUACCGGGUCUUUUGUUGGUUCCAGCUUUCCUUCUCUCAUAUCAGCUCCCAAUCGUCUGUCAUCAACGAUCAACUCGCAAGUCGUCACCACGCUUCAAUCACCGGUUACAACCGUCAAUGGAUUCAUUAUGUAACCUUCGUGUCGUCUCUCCGAAGAUCGUCCGAUCGUCAAGAAGAGAGCAUCCAGAGAAAGCAAUGAGAGAACACCGAGAAGAUCUAACUGGAAAGAAUUGCUCUUUUUUGAAACAAAUUCAUUGUUUCAAGGUGGCCGGAAUGUUCAGCAUCAGCUGAUCAUAGUAUGCAAUUUUAUAUGUUAUGUUAAAUAUCCAACUAAUCCUAGAAUUAAGAGUUGCAUUGAAUUGUAGCACCCUAACAUGCUUCAACUCUCUCGAGUACGGAAGAGAGAGAGAGAGAGAAUCUAAAUCAAACGGUCAAGCCAUAACUGACCAACAGUAUGAGAAUCAGUAGCAAAUAGAUAUCGCAAUCGUUCGCAUCAAACCUAUUGUCAGUCGGUGUGCUAUUCUCGAUUCCCGUUCCCUUACAGUAAAGUGAUAGUGCAGUGUACAAAAAAAAACAUAUUGCUUUCUGCUAAUCCGAACUAAGCUCCGUUGAGCAAACUCACACCGUCCCUUUUCACUUUUCGGUCGAUCUGCGCGUGAUCGUGAGUGAGUGAAUAUCACUGUUAUGCUUAGUUGAACUAACGAACUGUGCAUGUUGAACUAAUUGACUGUGUAUGGUGCUGUAUUCAACCUUCUUGGUGAAGAAAGGGUGUUCGAUAGUGGUGUUAAUUUCCUUCACUGGUUUCGGUGUGCCGUUCGAAGUCCGAACGGAAGGAAAUACCUCCGAGUGCCGGCAAAUAUCGAGCGUGCGGCUCGAACACUCAGCAUGGUCAUGCUGAAUACCCGUGCGUUUACCGCCUCGGCUAUAUGGGCCUCGUU